ACGACUGAAAAAAAGUCACUCGACACAACACAAUGAUUGUGCUUGCUUGAUGACUAAGUUUUUAUGGAUCAUUAUUUUAUAUUUUGUCAYAAGUAACRGUGCCUCCGCCAAGUUCAUAAAAGGCCAAGUUUAUACAUCAACCAAAUGGGCUUUCAUCACUCGUUUCGUGUUUUCUGAUGAAAUUGGUGGCCUGGAUUAUAGUGUUACAUUUCCAGSUGACGGGYCUUGCGGUCCAAAGAUAGCAUUUUAUUACAGUGAUAUGUGGUCCAUUGUUUAUCCUCGUGAGARUCUGGACUGCACGCUGAAAAUGAACUACGCAGUUAAAUCGUACGACGUGGAAAAGGCGUUGAACAAUUCACAUGUCUACUUGCACUGUGSAAAUGAKAAUAAUUUGCGUUAUUGUACUGGAAAGAUAAACUUCCUUACGAUGACUGACCAAUGGUGGUUCUUGGUUUUGAGUCAGUGUCAUACUAGCGAUCCAUUAKACGUUCAAUAUCAGUUUACUAUCACGGAUGGUAAUUCAUGGGAGAGACAAGUAUCAGCCGAAGAAACCAACAUAUUUUUAGUUACUGCAGUUUGUUUAMUCAUUUUCACGAUAGCCUUAAUAAUCGCCUUAAUCUUUCAAUACCAGCUACUGAAGUCCAGGUUUUUACACACUCCUUAUAAAAUGUUCUUAGUCGGUCUUGCCUACGAAGAAGGAGCUUUGGUGUUUGAGACUGGCUAUUAUGUGACAUACAUUGAAACAGGCUCGCAGUUAAUCGCCGUCAAGACUAUGGGUUCUGUUCUCCAYGCAGCCAGUGAGGCAGUCUUUAUGAUCUUGUUGAUAUCAUUGGCUAAGGGAUUCACAGUWACACGUGGAAGGCUUCCAAAAUUUACCAARAUAAGGCUAGGUAUAUUCACUGCCUUAUAUGGCAUUGGUUACGUCAUAUACUUCGUCAUGGAGAUAGCCAUUGAAGACUUGGGUUUGUUGAGAAAUAGUUUAGACGAUGGUGCAGAAAUUGGUGUGCUUGUGCUCAGAAUUAUAGCUUGGGCRUGGUUUUUGUACGCCACCAUUCAAACAAUUGAUAAAUAYCCCGAAAAACUAGUGUUUUAUAGUUGGUUCUGUGUCCUGUUCUCGGUGUGGUUCUUGGCCAAACCCGGUAUCACUYUAUUUKCUCAUUUAAUGAUCACACAUUGGAAAGUAAAUAAGGUCGUUAAGGGSGUGGAUCUCGUCACAUGCACCAUGGGAUAUAUGUUAUUUCUUCAUCUUACAAGACCAACAGUCGCUAAUCGUCAGUUUCCAUUCCAUGUUCGUACAAAUCAGAUCRAUGUUGUAACAACAAAUGAAAAUGAUGACUUUCCACAUACCGAGGAKUACUCGAAACUAAAGAAAAACACCAACGGUGAACUGGAAACGAGUCUUACAAACAUAAGCAACGCUGAUAACGAGAACUGUCAGAGCAAUGGUAUUGUUAGUAUUUGGUUYCCUGGCAAACAUUAAAUAAUAUAUUUGUUGAGUUUGUGCCACCUUUKYUGUCAUUAAUUCAAUAARCACAGCUGG